CAACCCCGCGCCGAACGAGGAGGAGUCGGAGGAGAGGAAGAUGGCGGCGGCCGCCAGCACCCGCGGGGCCGCGGGGCCGCUCCGAGGAGCCUGAGAGACCCACGGAGGCUUCGCGGGGGAGACGCGGCGGCAGAGGAUGAGCCUGCAGAGCGCGCAGUAUCUCCGAGUGUCUUAAACCAUUCUACCUUGUGAAAAAUUGGAUGUUCUUGCAGAUAGUCAUUGUGGGAGAAAACGUUUCAUUUAAGUCCCAGAUGAGGACCGAAAACUUGAAAUCAGAGGAGCAUCUGAAAUCAAGUAAUAUUAGGCAGGCAGAAGUCCUGAAGGCUGAAAUGACAGAUUCUAAGCUGGGUCCAGCUGAAGUCUGGACAUCCAGGCAAGCUCUGCAGGACUUGUACCAGAAAAUGCUAGUUACUGAUCUGGAAUAUGCUUUAGACAAGAAAGUGGAACAGGAUCUCUGGAAUCAUGCCUUUAAGAAUCAGAUAACAACACUACAAGGCCAAGCAAAGAAUCGAGCAAACCCAAAUCGGAGUGAAGUCCAGGCAAACCUUUCUCUGUUCCUAGAGGCAGCUAGCGGCUUCUAUACUCAGUUAUUACAGGAGUUGUGUACCGUGUUUAAUGUAGAUUUGCCAUGCCGUGUGAAGUCUUCCCAAUUGGGAAUUAUUAGCAAUAAACAGACGCACACCAGCGCCAUAGUGAAGCCACAGUCUAGCUCCUGUUCCUAUAUUUGCCAGCACUGCCUCGUCCACCUGGGAGACAUUGCUCGAUACAGAAACCAGACCAGCCAGGCAGAGUCCUACUAUAGGCAUGCAGCUCAGCUUGUCCCCUCCAAUGGUCAGCCUUACAAUCAGUUGGCUAUCUUAGCUUCUUCCAAAGGAGACCACCUGACCACAAUUUUCUACUACUGCAGAAGCAUUGCUGUGAAAUUCCCUUUCCCAGCCGCCUCCACUAAUCUACAGAAAGCACUUUCUAAAGCACUGGAAAGCCGGGAUGAGUUGAAAACCAAGUGGAGUGUUUCUGACUUCAUCAAGGCCUUUAUUAAGUUCCAUGGUCAUGUAUACCUGAGCAAGAGUUUGGAAAAAUUGAGCCCUCUUCGAGAGAAGUUGGAAGAACAGUUUAAGAGGCUGCUGUUUCAAAAAGCUUUCAACUCUCAGCAGUUAGUUCAUGUCACUGUCAUUAACCUGUUUCAACUUCAUCAUCUUCGAGACUUCAGCAAUGAAACAGAGCAGCAUAGUUACAGCCAAGAUGAACAGCUAUGUUGGACACAAUUACUAGCCCUCUUUAUGUCUUUUCUUGGCAUCCUGUGCAAAUGUCCUCUCCAGAAUGAUUCUCAGGAGUCCUACCAUGCCUAUCCCCUUCCUGCAGUCAAGGUCUCCAUGGACUGGCUAAGACUCCGACCUAGGGUCUUCCAAGAAGCAGUGGUGGAUGAAAAACAGUACAUUUGGCCCUGGCUAAUUUCUCUUCUGAAUAGUUUCCAUCCCCAUGAAGAUGACCUCUCAAGUACUAACGCCACACCACUUCCAGAGGAGUUUGAAUUACAAGGAUUCUUGGCUUUAAGACCUUCUUUCAGGAACUUGGAUUUUUCCAAAGGCCAUCAGGGUAUUACAGGAGACAAAGAGGGCCAACAGCGACGAAUACGGCAGCAGCGUUUGAUCUCUAUAGGGAAAUGGAUUGCUGACAAUCAGCCACGGCUGAUUCAGUGUGAAAAUGAGGUAGGGAAAUUGUUAUUUAUCACAGAAAUUCCAGAAUUAAUACUAGAAGACCCCAGUGAAGCCAAAGAGAACCUCAUCUUGCAAGAAACAUCUGUGAUAGAGUCACUAGCUACCGAUGGAAGCCCAGGACUGAAGUCAGUGCUGUCUACAGGCCGAAAUCCAAGCAACAGCUGUGACAUGGGAGAGAAACCAGUGGUUACCUUCAAAGAGAACAUUAAGCCACUAGAAGUGAACAGAGACCAAGGAAGAAGCUUUCCUCCCAAAGAGGUGAGAAGGGACUGUAGCAAAGGAGUAGCUGUAACUGAGGCUGAUGGAAAGAAGGACAGCAACCAGAGGAGAGCUGAGACCAAGAGAUGCACCUUAGGGAAGUUACAGGAGACAGGAAAGCAGAGUGUGGCAGUGCAGGUAAAAUCCCAGACAGAACUAAGAAAGACUCCAGUGUCUGAAGCCAGGAAAACACCUGUCACUCAAACUCCAAGUCAGACAAAUAAUUCUCAGUUCAUCCCCAUUCAUCACCCUGGAGCCUUCCCUCCUCUCCCUAGCCGACCAGGGUUCCCACCCCCAACAUAUGUUAUCCCCCCUCCUGUGGCAUUUUCUAUGGGCUCAGGUUACACCUUCCCAGCUGGUGUUUCUGUGCCAGGAACCUUUCUUCAGUCUACAGCUCACUCUCCAGCAGGAAACCAGGUGCAAGCUGGGAAACAGUCCCACAUUCCUUAUAGCCAGCAACGGCCCUCUGGACCAGGGCCAAUGAACCAGGGACCUCAACAAUCACAGCCACCUUCCCAGCCACCCCUUACAUCUUUACCAGCUCAGCCAACAGCACAGUCUACAAGCCAGUUGCAGGUUCAAGCUCUAGCUCAGCAACAACAGUCUCCUACAAAAGUCAUACCAGCUUUGGGGAAAAGCCCGCCUCACCACUCUGGAUUCCAGCAGUAUCAACAGGCAGAUGCCUCCAAGCAGCUGUGGAAUCCCCCUCAGGUUCAAGGCCCACUAGGGAAAAUCAUGCCUGUGAAGCAACCCUACUACCUUCAGACCCAAGACCCUAUAAAACUGUUUGAGCCGUCGUUGCAACCUCCUGUAAUACAGCAACAGCCUCUAGAGAAAAAAAUGAAGCCUUUCCCUAUGGAGCCAUAUAACCACAAUCCCUCAGAAGUCAAGGUCCCAGAGUUCUACUGGGAUUCUUCUUACAGCAUGGCUGAUAGCAGAGCAGUAAUGGCACAGCCGCCAAAUAUGGACCGCAGGAGCAAACGGUCACCAGGAGUCUUCCGUCCAGAGCAGGAUCCUGUGCCCAGGAUGCCAUUUGAGGACCCCAAGAGCUCCCCUCUGCUUCCUCCGGACCUGUUAAAGAGUCUGGCUGCCUUGGAGGAAGAGGAAGAGCUGAUCUUUUCUAAUCCUCCUGAUCUUUACCCAGCUCUGCUGGGUCCUCUCGCCUCUCUUCCUGGACGAAGCCUCUUUAAAUCUUUAUUGGAGAAGCCUUCAGAGCUCAUGUCACAUUCAUCAUCUUUCCUGUCCCUCACUGGAUUCUCUGUCAACCAGGAAAGAUACCCAAACAACAGUAUGUUCAAUGAAGUGUAUGGGAAAAACCUGACAACCGGCUCCAAGGCAGAACUGAACCCCUCAGUUGCCUCCCAGGAAACAUCACUGUACUCCCUUUUUGAAGGGACUCCAUGGUCUCCAUCACUUCCUGCCAGUUCAGAUCAUUCAACACCAGCCAGCCAGUCUCCUCACUCCUCUAACCCGAGCAGUCUGCCCAGUUCUCCUCCAACACAUAACCAUAACUCUGCUCCGUUCUCUAAUUUUGGACCCAUUGGGACUCCAGAUAGCAGGGAUAGGCGCCCUGCGGAUAGGUGGAAAACUGAUAAACCAGCCAUGGGUGGUUUUGGUGUCGAUUAUCUCUCAGCAACAUCAUCAUCUGAGAGCAGUUGGCAUCAGGCCAGCACUCCAAGUGGCACCUGGACAGGCCACGGCCCCUCCAUGGAGGAUUCCUCUGCUGUCCUCAUGGAAAGCCUAAAGUCUAUCUGGUCCAGUUCCAUGAUGCAUCCUGGACCCUCCGCUCUGGAGCAGCUGUUAAUGCAACAGAAGCAGAAACAGCAGCGGGGACAAGGCGCCAUGAACCCGCCACACUGAGGCCACAGGAGCGACCCAGGGAAUGAAGGCUCCAUUAACCAUGGCAUGCUGGGUUUGCAGGACUGGCCCACACAGUCCCUGCAGGUGGCAGCCCUCUUGUCUGUUUCUUGCUGUCGAGAGGGUGUAAGUGUCCCACCAGCCCACUGAGUGUGCACGAAAUGUUCGCAGUGCAACAAAAAGAAAAAAACCAUCAGGAACUCUCGUUCCCCCGGGGCUCUCCGGAGGGAGAGAGGAGCUGCUGUUUGUCUCACUCAGUUACUGAUAGCACGCCUCUCACCUUCUCCACCGCGCAUGUCCCCAACACGUGGGAAGUGGAAGCUGAGAAGGGAAGGCAGAUGGGAGAAGCCAAUAGGAACUUCUCGGUCCUUUUUUCCUCUUUGGGGAAUAAAAUAGGAAUCCAUUAUGAGUGCUUUGCUGACUGAGAAUAUAGUUGAAAUUAUUCUUAAACAUCUUUUAUUACUCAGUAGCAAAAUACCACACUGAAUUCUUCCAUACACAGGCGUACUUCUAGUCAGUGUGGAGCAAAGACAGUACCGUUUGCUGCUCCUAUGAGAGGUCGGUGGUGACAGGACAGGGAACUGACCUCAAGCCAGUGGGAGUGUUCCAUAGGGAGAGGACAGGCCUCUUAGAAGGCUCUGUUAGGCCUUCCUCCAGCCUGGAAACUCCAUCAGGAAAUGCCCUUCACUCUGUAGGUGCUCGAGCCCCAAUCGAGGAUGCAGUGUGGGUGUG